GAAAACGAGAGGGAGGGAGAGAGAGAGAGAGAGAGGUGACAACGUUGGUUGGAGCCUGGAGGAAGGGAAUCACGGUUACAAUAACCAGGGAGCUAGAGAAGAACAUCUCCUCCUCUCUCCUCUCGUUCUUCGACUUACAGACUAAAUAAUUUACAGAGAAAAAGGUUGGUAUAUAGGGAUAAAGUUUCUGUGGGUUUACAGCAGCGAAUGGGAACAAUGCAGAGCUUACGCAAAGCCUACGGAGCACUCAAGGAUUCCACCAAGGUUGGCCUCGCCAAGGUUAACAGUGAAUUCAAGGACUUGGAUAUUGCAAUUGUCAAGGCAACCAAUCACGUCGAGUGUCCUCCGAAGGAACGGCACGUUCGAAAAAUUUUUUCCGCGACCUCUAUUGUGCGUCCACGAGCAGAUGUUGCCUAUUGCAUUCAUGCACUUGCGAGGAGAUUGGCCAAGACGCAUAACUGGAUUGUUGCUUUGAAGACAUUGAUAGUUAUUCAUAGAACAUUGAGGGAGGGUGACCCAACUUUCAGAGAGGAGCUUUUAAACUAUUCACACAGAGGACAUAUACUCCAAAUAUCCAAUUUCAAGGAUGAUUCAAGUCCUCUAGCUUGGGACUGUUCUGCAUGGGUCCGCACAUAUGCGCUCUUUCUAGAAGAAAGACUUGAGUGUUUUAGGGUUUUGAAGUAUGACAUUGAAUCAGAGCGUCUAACUAAAUCCUCACAAGGGAUAAUCAAGCAAGGGCAUAGUAGAACAAGGCUUUUGGGUAGUGAUGAUCUUCUGGAGCAGUUGCCUGCAUUGCAGCAGCUGCUGUACCGCCUUGUUGGUUGCCAGCCAGAAGGACUAGCUUAUAACAACUAUCUUGUGCAGUAUGCCUUGGCUCUGGUAUUGAAGGAGAGCUUUAAAAUAUAUUGUGCCAUCAAUGAUGGAAUCAUCAAUCUUGUGGACAUGUUUUUUGACAUGACAAGACAUGAUGCAGUCAAAGCCCUUAAUAUCUACAAAAGGGCUGGUCAACAGGCUGAGAAUCUUGCUGAUUUUUAUGAGUUUUGCAAAGGUUUGGAGCUUGCUAGGAACUUCCACUUUCCAACUUUGAGACAGCCGCCUCCUUCUUUUCUUGCAACAAUGGAAGAAUACAUAAGAGAAGCACCUCGGACAGGUUCUGUUUCAAAUAAGAGGCUGGAGUAUCAUGAGAGGCCUGAGACCCCAGUGCAUCCAAAACAAGAACCUUCACCUUCAGAAAUUGUUCAACCCAUUGAAGAAGCUGAGGUUAAAAGGCCAAUUGAAGAACCACAAGAAGAACCUCAGCCUAAGAAUGAGGUUGAAGCUCCCCCACCGCUUAUUGAAUAUACUGGAGAUUUACUGGGUCUUAAUGAGAUAAAUCCCAAAGCUGCAGAACUAGAGGAAAGCAAUGCGCUGGCUCUUGCAAUUAUAGAUCCAUCUGGGCUUGAUCCACUAUCUUCAACAAGUCGGGAAUUGGCAGCUCUUGGUGCCCCAAAUGCUACAGGAUGGGAACUUGCGCUGGUGACUACGCCAAGCAACAAUACCAGUCACUUGACAGAAAGCAAAUUGGCUGGUGGGUUUGACAGGCUCUUGCUUGAUAGCUUGUAUGAAGAUGCAGCAGCCAGGAGACAACAUCAACAACAGGUUGCAGGGUAUGGGGUUGGCAUGGCGGCACCUAACCCAUUUGAUCCACAAGACCCAUUUUCCAUGUCCAAUAAUAUAGCACCCCCAACUAGUGUUCAGAUGGCCUUAAUGACUCAGCAGCAACAACAACAGAUGCUAAUGCAACAGCAGAAACAUCAACAACAGAUGAUGAUGAUGGCUCCACCCUACCAAUAUCUCCCUCAAUACCCUCACCAGCCAAUGCAGCAGUACAUGGGGUCCAACAACCCAUUUGGAGAUCCAUUUGUUGGCUUCUCGCAUGGUGGAACACCACAAGGAAACCAUAGUUUAAUCUAAUGGCCAUUUUUUUUUCUUAAUUGCUUUUUUUUGUUCUUUGGGCUAAAAUGGGGAGGGGGAUUAUUUUGUUUCUUGUAAGGUUUGGUAAGUUCAUUCUUUGUUUCCUCAGCAGUCCUGAAUUUUUUUUCUUUCUUUUUGUAUUGAGGAAACACUGAUCAUUGCUUCCAAACAGUUGGAUGUAUUCUUUGAUCAAUCUUUAACAUGUCGCUGCACAUUCUCUGU